AUGAUCGCCGCGUCAUUCUGGGCUCCGCGCCUCGCGCCGUCGCCGUGCUCAGCGCAACCCGUCGGCCACCCGCCGCGCGCUUCCAGUGCCACGCUCUCCCCGUCUUGCGCCGCUCCCAGCGGCCUCUGCGCCGCUGCCCCGCUGAAGCUGCCCGCCUGCACCCCCACGCGCAACCCGCGCGGACGAGAGGCGAGAGGAAUCGAGGAUCGCCCGGGAGUUGCGAGCAGAAGGGAGGAGCGCAGGGUGGAUGAGCGCGGGUCAGAUGAGCGCGCGCGAGGGGGGAAGAAGAGAGGCAGCAAGAGAGUGGCGGACGGCGAGGGGGAGACGAAUGCGCGCAGUCGCAGGGAGCAGCGGCGGGCGCGGGAGCGCGCUCUGCUGAAAGCGCUGGUGGCGGCGAGGCAGGGCGGACAGGCAACUGCGGGGGAGCGCGCUGCUGCAGCCGAGCGGAUGGUAGCCCCCGCGCUGAUGCGCGCCAUGCGGCGGAAGCAAGAAGAGGGGGGAGUGGCGGAGUGGUCAGGGGGCGAGGGGGAGGACGAGAGGAUGGAGGUGGUGGCAGUGGAGGGCAUGGGGGGGACGGAGGGGGAGCAGCAGGGCGGGGGAGAGGGAGAGGGACGGUGGACGGGAGUGGAGGUGAAUGUGCGGCACGUGGCGGCUGCUGUGCAGGUGUGUGUGGAUGCGGGUGACAUGGGCCGCGCAGAGCAGCUCGUGCGUCUGGCGCGGGCGGUGGGGGGAGCAGCGCAGCCCAACUGCCGAGUGCUCACAGUGAUGGCGCGCGCCUACUGCCAGGCGGGGCAGCGCCGACAGGCCUAUGCGCUGCUGCAGGUCAGCCAGCCAUGCAUGCCGCUGGGCAUGUAUGCCGCUGGGCAUGUGUGCCGCUGGGCAUGCAUGCCGCUGGGCAUGUGUGCCGCUGCCGCUGGGCAUAUGACCCAGUACACCCAAUGCCCGUGGCCCAGUGCCCCAUGCUCUCAUGUUCUCCCCCCCAUGUUCUCCCCCAUCCCAUGCUCUGACAUGGAGCAGAGGGGCCCGCCACCGGAUGCAGCGCUGUUCCACGUGGUGAUGGAGGGCGAGCGCCACGCGCACGCCGUGACGGCGCUGCUGGCGGCCAUGGCGCGCUGCCACGUGGCGCCCACCGAGAGGACCUUCAGACGCCCGGUUCGUCUGGACGAGGCAGGGGCGGGUUGGGCUGAGAGGCUGGGAUGCACUCCACCCGUGAUGAACGGGUUCGCCCUGGGCGCAACUGAGCUCAGAACUCGUUCAUGCUUACAACACGGCCUCCACUCGUGCCUACCACACGGCCUCCACUCGUGCCUACCACACGGCCUCCACUCGUGCCUACCACACGGCCUCCACUCGUGCCCCUACAUCCGCUCAUCCACUCGCCCAUUGACCCCCCCGUGCGUGUGGCAGUGUGGCGAUGGCAUGCAUGGGGCGGGCGGGGGACGUGGCGGCAGCGGAAGCACUGUGGCGCGACAUGACCGCCGCCCGCAUCGCCCCCUCGCCCUUCGCCUUCUGCGCCCUCGCCCAUGGUGCGUGCUGCAUGCAUGGUGCGUGCUGCAUGCAUGGUGUGUGCUGCAUGCAUGGUGUGUGCUGCAUGCAUGGUGUGUGCUGCAUGCAUGGUGUGUGCUGCAUGCAUGGUGCGUGCUGCAUGCAUGGUGCGUGCUGCAUGCAUGGUGCGUGAUGCAUGCAUGGUGCGUGCUGCAUGCAUGGUGCGUGCUGCAUGCAUGGUGUGUGCGUGCUGCAUGCAUGGUGCGUGCUGCAUGCAUGGUGCGUGAUGCAUGCAUGGUGCGUGCUGCAUGCAUGGUGCGUGCUGCAUGCAUGGUGUGUGCUGCAUGCAUGGUGGGUGCUGCAUGCAUGGUGUGUGCUGCAUGCAUGGUGCGUGAUGCAUGCAUGGUGCGUGCUGCAUGCAUGGUGCGUGCUGCAUGCAUGGUGCGUGCUGCAUGCAUGGUGCGUGCUGCAUGCAUGGUGCGUGAUGCAUGCAUGGUGCGUGCUGCAUGCAUGGUGGGUGCUGCAUGCAUGGUGGGUGCUGCAUGCAUGGUGCGUGCUGCAUGCAUGGUGCGUGCUGCAUGCAUGGUGCGUGCUGCAUGCAUGGUGCGUGAUGCAUGCAUGGUGCGUGCUGCAUGCAUGGUGCGUGCUGCAUGCAUGGUGCGUGCUGCAUGCAUGGUGCGUGAUGCAUGCAUGGUGCGUGCUGCAUGCAUGGUGGGUGCUGCAUGCAUGGUGGGUGCUGCAUGCAUGGUGCGUGCUGCAUGCAUGGUGCGUGCUGCAUGCAUGGUGCGUGCUGCAUGCAUGGUGUGUGCUGCAUGCAUGGUGUGUGCUGCAUGCAUGGUGCGUGCUGCAUGCAUGGUGUGUGCUGCAUGCAUGGUGCGUGAUGCAUGCAUGGUGCGUGCUGCAUGCAUGGUGCGUGCUGCAUGCAUGGUGCGUGCUGCAUGCAUGGUGCGUGAUGCAUGCAUGGUGCGUGCUGCAUGCAUGGUGCGUGCUGCAUGCAUGGUGCGUGCUGCAUGCAUGGUGCGUGAUGCAUGCAUGGUGCGUGCUGCAUGCAUGGUGGGUGCUGCAUGCAUGGUGGGUGCUGCAUGCAUGGUGCGUGCUGCAUGCAUGGUGCGUGCUGCAUGCAUGGUGUGUGCUGCAUGCAUGGUGCGUGCUGCAUGCAUGGUGCGUGCUGCAUGCAUGGUGUGUGCGUGCUGCAUGCAUGGUGCGUGCUGCAUGCAUGGUGCGUGCUGCAUGCAUGGUGCGUGCUGCAUGCAUGGUGCGUGCUGCAUGCAUGGUGUGUGCGUGCUGCAUGCAUGGUGCGUGCUGCAUGCAUGGUGCGUGCUGCAUGCAUGGUGCGUGCUGCAUGCAUGGUGUGUGCGUGCUGCAUGCAUGGUGCGUGCUGCAUGCAUGGUGCGUGCUGCAUGCAUGGUGGGUGCUGCAUGCAUGGUGGGUGCUGCAUGCAUGGUGCGUGCUGCAUGCAUGGUGCGUGAUGCAUGCAUGGUGCGUGCUGCAUGCAUGGUGGGUGCUGCAUGCAUGGUGGGUGCUGCAUGCAUGGUGCGUGCUGCAUGCAUGGUGCGUGCUGCAUGCAUGGUGCAUGCUGCAUGCAUGGUGCGUGCUGCAUGCAUGGUGGGUGCUGCAUGCAUGGUGGGUGCUGCAUGCAUGGUGCGUGCUGCAUGCAUGGUGCGUGAUGCAUGCAUGGUGCGUGCUGCAUGCAUGGUGGGUGCUGCAUGCAUGGUGGGUGCUGCAUGCAUGGUGCGUGCUGCAUGCAUGGUGCGUGCUGCAUGCAUGGUGCGUGCUGCAUGCAUGGUGCGUGCUGCAUGCAUGGUGUGUGCGUGCUGCAUGCAUGGUGCGUGCUGCAUGCAUGGUGCGUGA